AUGUUUUUCGCUCUUUUUCAGAAAAAAGAUGAAGAAAAGGACAAGGAGGAAAUAGCUGCUAGGUAAAAAGUAAAAAAAAUCUAACGUAUAAAAUCAUUGAUAGUCCGAUUAAACACAUACCGUAAUUACCAAGCUCGGCUACAAAUAAGGGGUGUGUUGCUUUCGUUCGUAUAUACUCGCUACUCGUAUAUACAAAGGCCCAUAAAUGUUACUCGAACUCUGCCUUUUUUCUAUUUCUAAAAAUCCUCUAUUCCUGCCCUUAAAAAGAGAAUAUUGCUAUUGGCGCUUCUUUUACACUUUCUUUUACGCUUUCUCUGAAAAUGCUCUUCGCUAGCGAAGUUUCACAAAAAUAUCUAAGUGGAAUUUCGAGAUAUCGUGGAAUUUCUACAUAAAGGUUAUUUGAUUUUAUCGGUGUUUUCGUGAAAGUAGCCUCCUAGUUGUAAAAAGAGCUCAGCAUUGAAUUUUACCCUGAUACUUUCCUGUCUUUCGAAAUCAAGCAAGCCUACCUGUCUACAAAAAUACUGGGUCAAGCCACCUUAAAAAAAAAUUGGGCCACCUGUCUCUCUUAAAGUAACAAUUUAAACUCCAACUAUAAGACGAGGGAAUCAAUCAAUCUGGAAGAGAGAGUCAGGUUUUUUAAAAACCAAAGAGAGCUAAAAUAUUUUUUAAAGCCUGCUAGAGACACACCUAUGCAGAUGAUACAUUGGGGAGAAAUCGAGUAGUGUAUCAAUGCAAAUGAAUUUCGGCCCUCAAUUGAAAAGAACAGCAUCUUUUAGUGUUCCAGGAUAGUUAGGAACCUUUUCAAUAAUUUUACUAGUUUUAAUUUAUGAAGUUAGAAAUGACAUGUUCCAUUGAAAACUUUUGAUAGCAAAUAAACUCAAGACUCAAAAGUAUCCAACGCCCCAAAAUGCUAUAAUAUCGAAAAGGUUCAACGCUGUUCAUAAACCUAGAAAGAAGCCACCAUCCUAAAUUAGACAAUCAUUCAAUGUUUCAAACUCCUACAAAUACGUCGUAAUGCUGUAAAUUUCUCAAUACCAGAGGAAUUCUCCCUACACUGUAUAAGCUUGGCGAUUUCUGGAGGCCUUCUCGCCAUCUUUAUUAUAUGAGCUGUUCGAAACAUUUCCUUGCACACUUUAACCGUUAUUUCAAACCUUUCCCAAAUAUAACUGAUAUUUACUCACGAACUUAGUGAGUCAGUACGCAAGAAAGACAAGAAAACAAAUAAACGAAUGAAUAAAUCUGUAAAUGGCUUGCUGCUAGGAAUCAAUCUGAUAUACAAAAGCAAAACAGUGAAAGCUUACUUCGCCUUUAUAAUUUGGUGUUGAUUAGUGAGAAUGACGUCACGGUAAGUGCUCAAGAUCUUCAAGCCGCUCCAGAUCCCGGCUACCAUCACGAGGUAAAUGUUUUUAUUGUCUUCCUUGAACAGAGCAUGUCAUUCUGGUAAAUCUUCAGUGACAUCUAAAGAAAAACAAUUUUGAUUAAACAACAUAAUCUUAAUGGACUUUAUAUCAAGACAGUACACCUAGCUGCAAGAAAAUAUUUGGGCGCACAAUGAGCUUAAACUAAACGAUGAUUUUGUGUUCAAUAGACUUGUAGCACCCAAUCCCUAAUGUACCCGUCUGUAUAGGCGUACUUGAAUUUUAUUUUAAAAUGUUGCUCGCAUAGUAAAAGGAGCAUUAGAAACACAUGUUCCUCGAAACAUUUAAGGUCAUUAAAAAAUAAUUCCAAGUCCAAGUCGAAAAUUCCACUCAAAUGAGGAGGUAACAAGAUUACAAGUUUGGUGAUCCUUUGCAACUUUAGAACCAAGAAGAGUUUGCUCAGUCAAGGCUGAAAUUCUCACAUUAACGACAGUUUAGAUCAUUUUCAGUCAAACUUUGUCAAACACGGCGCAACGGGCUAUAGAAAUACUAAACACAUAUUAGGCAAAGUCAUGUGACGUAGCCAUGCCCAUCCUGAAUGUUUCUGAGUCAGUCAUGAGCAGUAAAACUGUGAUAAAAAACAUUGUGAUUUUUUCCCCUUAGGAACAAUACACUGAUGGAGGACGUUUGGUGCGACAAUGCACGGACCUAGGUGGUGGACAUAACCCUGUUUGGUAAGAAAGUCCGAAAUGCAAACAAAGGAAAUUUGUUCCUAAACCAAAGUCAUUUCUAAAUACUAACUACUUUUGAAUAUCUUUCCUUCUAGCGGUACAGCAUGUCUAAGGGUUCCUACUGCGCCAGAGGUAAGAGUACUAAAGCUAGGCAAUUAA